CUGUUGUGGCAGCAGCGGUGCUGACAUUGGGACAGCGGUGUCAGGACAGUGGUGGCAGCAAGAGCUGCAGGACUGGCAGUGGGCAAGGCACCAUGGCCUUUGCUCUGCGCCUCUUCCUCCUGCUCCUCCUGGCAGUGGCCCUGCCUGACAGGGCUGCCCAGGCUGCUCCAUGGCGAGCACAGGGAGCAGAUGAGGGUGGUAGGAAGGCUUCUCCAGCAGCUUGGCUUCAUGAAGAUUUUCUGCCUCUGGAGCCCCAUGCAGGUGUGUCUGCAGCAAGGACAUUUCAAGCUCCUUUUCUGGUUGCUGCACGCAAGCCCAGCUCCCAUCACGGGGGUUCUCUGAGAGGGAGGAAUAAACCCACAGAAGACAAGAUGCUGAGUGAACUGGAUAGACGCUAUGAGAUGAACCCAAAGGCUGUGCUGAAGGCAGCGUUUCCCGGAGGAAGCAGUGGCUCAUGGGCAGCCUCUGCUGCAGGAAGGGAGGCCAUGCCAGGCACAGUCCCAGGAGACAAGGGUGGUAGGAAGGCUCCUCCAGCAGCUUGGCUGCAUGAAGAUUUUAAGCCUCUGGAGCCCCAUGCAGGUGUGUCUGCAUCAAGGACAUUUCAAGCUCCUUUUCUGGUUGCUGCACGCAAGCCCAGCUCCCAUCACAGGGGUUCUCCGAGAGGGAGGAACAAACCUACAGAGGAUAGUAAGUCGCUGGAGACAUCCAAACACAUGGAUAAGAUGUUGAGUGAACUGGAGAGACGCCAUAAGAUGAACCCAAAGGCUGUGCUGAAGGUGCCAUUUCCCGGAGGAAGCAGUGGCUCAUGGGCAGCCUCUGCUGCAGGAAGGGAGGCCAUGCCAGGCACAGUCCCAGGAGAUUGGGAUGGUGACAUGGAGCAUUUGGAAGUGCUGGUAAAUGGCGGUUUGAAGACCUUGCCAGAUGCUGGAGAUGAACCUGAUGAUGAAGAUGAUCCGGAUUCCCAAUCCAUAUCAGUUACUGAGCCUGAUGAUGAGGAAGAUUAUGAGGAUGCAGCUGGCACCACAGCACAUGCUCAGAAGAUCUGGGAGAGCAUGAGAAGAGUUUUCUACCAGGGAACAGAUGGUUUGAUUAAGUUAAUGGCCAUUGUGGCUGGUGGAGCAGUUUUCCUGAUGAUGUGCUGUGCCGGAAUCUGGUAUUGCUGGAAGGGAAAACGGAGCACCUCUGCAGCUUCAGAAGAGCAGCCAAAGAUUCCAGUGUCUGAGAAGCUGACCUGUUAUCCUCGCUCUCCACAUCUCUCCCUAUCUGCUGUGCUGCAGCUGCAACCCCGUCUUGAGGGCAUCCCAAGACCCACACCUCCCAAGCGAGACCCUCUGCCCCUGAGCCCCCUGGCCCUGUUCCCUGGCCAGGACUGAAAUUGGGCAGCCCCUGUCCACCAGAGUGUUGCCGCCUGUUAGUUUGCCUUCAUUAAGUAUGUUUGUUCACCUUCAUUGAGUUUAGAGUUUGCCCCAGUUACUCCCCACUAUCCCGAUAUAGUUUGUUCCCAGUUGCCUGUCAUUGUAAACCUCUCCCCUCUUUCCAGAUUGUUCCCCAUCCAUCACUUUGGUCCUACCCCCAAGCCCUAUCAAUCUAUGUACACCACACCUUUUGUUCUGGUUCCUUCCCUGCUCAUCAUCCCUUACUCGAUGCCCUAUUGGUUGUAUAGCUAUCCUACCUCCCCCAAGUCCCUACCAUUGGAUUUGUGUAUUGUAACCCCUUCCCACAACACCUCCCCUGCUGCAAUAUUAUUGGUUGUUGUAUGAGCCGCCCACGGGCUUUAAAACCUGGCGCACAGAGGUGCCCAGGGGCUCGGCUCGGACUUUCUCCUCGAGAUCCCAGCCCUGUCCCUCAUCGCCUUCUCCCUGCACCUGCUGGAAUAAACUUGUUCCUGGGAAAUUGGA